AUGUCCAGGCAGUCACACGCCAGGGUCCUCAUCGCCGGCGGUAGUGUCGCCGGCCUUACACUUGCAAACGCACUCGAGAGAAUUGGCAUAGAUUUUCUUGUCCUUGAAAAAUACGAUAAUAUUGCUCCAAAUCUUGGUGCCAGCAUUGGAGUCUUUCCGAAUGGGAUGCGCAUACUAGACCAACUUGGCUGCUACGAAGCUAUACAAGCCACGGUCAGUGGCGUAGAUGCUUUUGGGUACAUGGAUAUCAGGAAUCCUGAUGGAACUCUGAAAUCUCACAUUGCAAAUGCGUCACAACACUUCGUUCAGCGGCUUGGGUACUCGCCUAUCCUUCUAGAACGGCAGAUGCUAAUCCAAGUCCUUUACGACAACCUCAAGGACAAAUCGAGAGUUCUGCCUAGCAAGGGCGUAGUCAAUAUCGUACAAGACAUGAAUGGUGUACGUGUGACAACUAGAGAUGGGACAAUAUUCACUGGCGAGAUGCUUGUCGGCGCCGACGGUAUACAUAGUAUCGUUCGUCGCGAAAUGUGGCGAAUGGCAGAUGCUGAACGUCCCGGAUAUUUUCCCAUCAAAGAGCGCAAUGUACCUGUUGAGUACUGCUGUAUAUUCGGUAUAUCAAAACCCAUGACGAAGUUCAUUCAAUCCGCAACAGUCACGUGCGAUGGCCACAACUACUCGUAUGUGAUAGGAACCGGUCCUGGAUCUCGCAUUUGCUGGUUCUUGUUCAAAAAGCUGGAACACACAUCGUAUGGAUUGUAUGAGAAGAUUCCACGAUUCACUGAUGCAGAAAGGGAUGCAUUGGCCAGGGAACAUGCGAACGACCCAAUCACCGAGGAUUUGCGAUUCGGAGAGAUAUACGACCAGCGCAUCUCUGCGACUUUGCAGGCCCUGCCCGAGAUGGUUUUCUCAAAGUGGCAUUAUGGACGAAUGAUAACGAUAGGAGACGCUGUACACAAGUUCAACCCUAUUGGUGGACAGGGAGGAAAUAGUGCAAUCGAAGAUGUAGCCAUUCUCGUCAAUCAUCUUCAUGUUUUGCGACAAGCAGGAAAACCUUUGACGACUACAUCUCUCACGAAAAUAUUCUCCAGCGUACAAUCCGAACGCAUGGACAGAGCACAGUUCAGGAACCAAAUCUCCCACCUGAUGCAAAGUGUUCAAGCGCGAGACUCUUUAUCUUCCCAGAUGAUCGCAAAGUAUCUAAUUGAUGGUGAGGCCACCCUUAAUAUGAUCUCCGCUCUCUCCCAGCCCGGUGCGCGCCUUAAAAUGCUGGAUGCCCCCAAUCGAGCACAUUACGAGCCUUACUCUGAAGACUGCCCUGCGAUUCCUCUUGAGGAAGGAAUUACUAAACUCGUGCGGAUUUUUACCACGGCUUGCUUUGCAGCUUGCAUUUACCUGGCACACAAGAUUCUAUCGCAUUUCACUGGCAUAGCGGCUUUCGAGAACGUCUUUCAAAUCAUCCUACUUCCUUUCGCCGGUUCUGUAGGAUGGACGGAUCCCGGUCACACUGUCCAGGCACUCAACCUCUUUCUCUUCUUAGUACCCAUCUUCCUUAUAUGGUAUAUAGAGGGCAACCGCUCAAGUGCUCGUGGGGGCCUUCAGUCAUGGCCCUUCAUAUAUGGUGUUGCAAUGAGUAUCUUGGGUAUCGGGAUAAUUGCUCCACUCUACUUUCUCAUCAGCUUAUGGUCAACAAGUAAUGGAUUCUUCAUCACAACAGUCGGACGCCAUGUUCCAAGGACCAUUGCAAUGAGUAUCCUGCCUUCCAUUUUGCUCGGCUUCGUCCUCCCCACUCUCUUAAUGUUCAUUCCAAGCCUACCAACUUCUUUACACCAAGGUAUUCAACUCGAAUGGCAGUUCACUGCUAUCCUUGUCAGCAUCCUCAUCCAGAUGCUGUCGACUCGUUACGGUCGCCUGGUAACCACAGAGAGUUCAGACGAGAAGGCAGUGACACAGUCUGUUGCGGAAUAUUAUCGCUCCAAAGCCGCCGACCUGCCGCAUCUUUUCACGGCCUACAGAGCAAUUUUUGCCUUCGCAACCUUUUGUCAUGUCGUUUUCAUUGCAGUUGGAUUGUUUUCUACAAAUCCACGACUUUGGCUGUUGCGAAUGCUCAUCCCUUCGCUUGAUCUACCCGAUCAAGCGCAAGACUCGUGCUUUGUUGGGGCAUUCAUAUCUCUGAAAUGGAAUUUCAUCUUCGCGGUCAUUGCGACACUUCUCCAUGGCCUAUACACCAUUUUCGAUCUAAGAAGUCGAGGUUUGAUCACAACAGAGAGCGCAUGCAAGGCUAUCGCCACCCUCGGCGGUGCACAGAUUAUUGUAGGUCCUGGUGCCGCUCUGGUGGGACUUUGGGGUUGGAGAGAAAAGAAGAUCGCAUUUCCCCAUGCUCAAUAA